AUGCACAAUUAUCUGGAGCAGAUCCGCACAACAACACAAACAGCGCUGAAAAAGUCAAGACCUACAAUCUACGACCCCAUCCAAAUCAACGACCAUUCCACAGUAGUGAUGGGAGAAGGAGGAGGCUUUCCAUUAAUGAACUUGCGGACGGAACUGCGCUGUGAUGUCUUCAGCUAUCUGCCGGACAUCACCUACGAGCCUGUUUUCUUCAAGUCCAGCAUUUGUAGCUGGGAGGUUAAGAAUCAGCUUUUGCCCAAAAUCGUCCUUGGCCCGACGCGCACUGAGAUAGACUCUAUAUACAUUACGCUCUCGGAUACCUUCCAUGAAGCUGGCAAAGAAUUCCAGGAGUUUCUAGGCAAAUUCCAAGAGCAUGGUGACAAGGUCGAGAAUAUCAGCCUCGAACUCGCGUUCUGGUAUGACAACACAAAUCUGCCGCAGCGGGUUCCUAGUGGAGACGAAGAAGUCUUCAAUAUCCAGACUAAGUAUAGGCCUGAGCGCUUGUACAGGUUUGUGAAGCAGACCUUAUAG